AUCCGUAGUGCGCCCCCUGCACGCCACACGUAUUACAACGUCAGCCACUACGUGUGGGGGGCAAAGGUCAAAUCAGUCAUGAAGAUUCCGCCACCGUAGCAGCCAGUCACUGUCGCACUUGUUUAUUUUUUAUUUAAGCGUAGAUUUCGCAAGCGGGCGAGCUGCACCACAGCCAAACUGGAAGAAGUCAUGGCACGUCUGGUAGCAGUGUGCAGGGAGGGGGAAGAGGACUACCCAUUCCUCGCCAGACAGAUACCCCUGUUUAUCGAUGAUACUCUGACGAUGGUGAUGGAGUUUUCUGACAGUGUCAUGGAUGUUGACACCCAGGAAAUAAACACGUCUCACUGGAAACAGUUUUCUGAGUAUUACUCCAAGUUGAAGCAACAGGACUUGACAAUCGCCCUGAUGGUCACAUCCAGGGAGGUCUACAGUGCAUUAUCUCAGCUGGUGCCAUGCGUGGGCUGCAGGCGCAGCGUGGAGCGCCUCUUCUCACAUUUGGUGGAAUCUGGCAACCCGGCCUUGGAGCCCCUCACAGUAAAACCCACAGGAAUGCUUUCUGUCACCAAGGCGUGUUUAGCAGAUGUAAAGAAGCUCUACACCCUUUUCUAUGUCCACGGGUCAAAGUUGAAUGACAUGAUUGAUGCCAUCCCAAAAAGUAAAAAGAACAAGCGCUGUCAGCUACACUCCUUGGACACACACAAACCCAAACCUUUGGGGGGAAGCUGGAUGGAUGUGUGGGAGCUGAUGUCUCAGGAGUGCAGAGACGAGGUCGUCCUUAUUGAUAGCGCUUGUCUCUUGGAGACGCUGGAGACAUACUUGCGUAAACACAGGUUUUGCACUGACUGUAAGAAUAAAGUGCUGAGGGCAUACAACAUCCUGGUGGGUGAGCUGGACUGCACUAAAGAGAAGGGCUAUUGCGCUGCCUUGUAUGAGGGACUAUGCUGUUGCCCCCACGAACGCCACAUCCAUGUGUGCUGUGAGACUGACUUCAUCGCUCACCUCCUUGGGCGGGCAGAGCCUGAAUUUGCUGGAGGCUAUGAACGCAGAGAGAGACAUGCCAAGACCAUUGACAUUGCACAAGAAGAAGUCCUCACCUGUUUGGGUAUUCACCUCUACGAGCGGCUGCACAGAAUCUGGCAGAAACUCCGAGCAGAGGAGCAGACCUGGCAGAUACUGUUUCACUUGGGAGUUGAUGCACUACGCAAAAGUUUUGAGAUGGCGGUGGAGAAGAUGCAGGGGAUCAGCCGUCUCGAGCAGUUUGUCGAGGAGCUGUCUGAGGAAGAGCGGGCCAAAGAGCUGAAGCAGGAGAAAAAGAGGCAAAAGCGGAAAAAUCGACGCAAAAACAAGUGUGGCUUUGAGAUAUCUGAGCAGGAGGCAGAGGAUAAGGAGAAAAAUCUGGACGAGGGUUCUCUUGAGUCUAUGGAGGGCUCUUGCCAGGUCUGUGGUAGCCACGAUGAAGAGGAGGAGGCCAGAUGUGAAGAAAGCGUCGCCGCCAAUGGAAACACUUCAUGUAGCUGCCCAGACAACACCAAACAGGAUUUGUCUCCCCUCAGUAAUAUUAGUGACUGCGGCUACUCCUCAAGUAUGGAGGGCAGUGAGACAGGAUCGCGAGAAGGUUCGGACAUCGCCUGCUCUGAGGGAAUAUGCAACCAUGACGAAGCAGGAGAUGACCCAAAUGCCCAUCACUGUGCCGAAGACAAGGAGGAGGAUGGAACAGACAGUUGUGUGGACUGCUGGCCGCACGCUGAGGAGAACACUCAGUGCAAGAGUAAAAAGAAGAAAAGGAAGGGCAAGGGUUUAUGCACCAAUCAGGGACAGAAAGGUGAAGGUUGUAUGCCAGAUGGGAACACGACAGGCCACGGUCCACAAUCAUCACACACCUGCCGAACCAAAGAAAUCUUCUCCUCCUUAUGUGGUGACACAUUUACCAGCAUUGCACUACGAUUACCAUGGACAGCACGUCAGAAGAACCUCAGCCUUCAUGCGGGUCCUCCAGAGGCAAACAUGAGUCUCGUGGAACUUCUGGACGAUUCAGAGGCGACUUCAGAUGAAGAGAACUGUCUGACACAAGAUGAAAUCCAGGCGUUUUUAGAAAGAAACCAGUCCUUCUACAACAACCGCCACCAGUACAGACAGCUCCUGAAAGAGAAGUUCACCAACUACUGCCGGGCCACUGAGCGGAGUAAGCCGAUCUGUGGAAAGUGGUUCGCCACCACCAGUGUCAACUAACUGCACUAAGAAAAUUCUUCCCCCCGGGAAAAACACUCGUGACCACUGCUGCGACAUCUUUAGUAAAGAAAAAAUCGGAAGUACAUUUGGUGUCCUGUUCAGUCAGUUCUCCUUUAAAGUAAAUGUGAUUCUUACUUUCUGUUUUUCUCUCUCUCUCUCUUUCUCUCUCUCUUUUGCACACCAACACACUUUUCCAUCUCGUUUCUUGGCCACUUUCUCACCAGUAAUUGUUCUCUUUGACCAAGCCUAGCUAUUUGUUGUUGGUCUUUUGUAGGGUCAUUGAGUAAGAGCACAGUGGAAUCGGUAAUCAAGCUUCGCAAGCUGUGACGUUAGGGAUACAUUUUAGGAGUCUUAUUUUAUGUAUUCUUUUUUUUUUAUGGUUUUGUUUCUAUUUUGUUUCUCUUCGGUGACACUUCAAUGUUGUGGUAAAGGUUGUACCAUUAAAUGUGUACAGAAAUUCUAAAUAUAAAGAUUUUACAGAGAAUAAACAUCCAUUUGUAAUAAGGAUUUGGGUGUGAUGUUAAGAGCGCAAUGUGCAAAAUUUACUAAAUAAAGAGUAUUUAUUAAUAUGCAUUAUA